AUGGGGAAGAAUAUGCGCAUCAAGACGGUGCCCAAGGCGAACCGUGUCCCCCUCCUCGGCGACGGGGAGACAUCAAGGGCGCUCACCGACCUGGAAGAGGGCAGCAACGUCCAGCCAGCGAACGUCGGGUUCUGUCGGGUCAUCAAACUUGCCAAGCAUGACGCCGGGAAGCUGGUCCUCGCCACUAUGGCGCUGCUCGUCGCCUCCCUCAGCAACCUUCUCGUUCCGAAAUAUGGUGGCAAGAUAAUUGACAUUGUGUCAAGAGAUGUUCGGCUACCAGAAGAUAAGACGCAAGCCCUGGAGGAUGUGAAGGGCACAAUUUUGUACAUUGUGACAAUCGUUUUAGUCGGUUCAGUUUGCACGGCUCUUCGGGCAUGGCUAUUCAAUUCUGCUAGUGAGAGAGUAGUCGCUCGACUAAGGAAGGACUUGUUCAGUCAUCUCAUAAACCAGGAAAUAGCGUUUUUUGAUGUGACUAGAACAGGAGAGCUCUUAAGCAGGCUUUCUGAAGAUACACAAAUAAUAAAGAAUGCUGCUACAACCAACCUAUCAGAGGCACUGCGCAAUGUCACUACUACAGCUAUUGGUCUUGGUUUUAUGUUUUCAACUUCAUGGAAGUUAACAUUGCUGGCACUUGUAAUUGUCCCCGUUAUAUCAGUUGCUGUGCGUAAAUUUGGACGCUUUCUUCGUGAGCUUUCACAUCAGACACAAGCUGCAGCAGCUGUAGCUUCAUCCAUAGCUGAGGAAUCGUUUGGUGCCAUCCGCACAGUAAGAUCCUUUGCUCAGGAAUCUCAUGAGAUUUCACGCUAUGGUGGAAAAGUAGAGGAGACACUUAAACUUGGUCUGAAACAAGCUAAAGUUGUUGGCUUAUUUUCUGGAGGGCUUAAUGCCGCAUCAACCUUGUCAGUGGUUAUUGUUGUUAUUUAUGGCGCCAACUUAACCAUCAAUGGCUACAUGACAACUGGUUCUCUUACAUCAUUCAUCUUAUACAGCCUUACAGUUGGUUCGUCAGUAUCUGCCUUGUCAGGACUAUACACAACUGUAAUGAAAGCCUCUGGUGCAAGCCGUAGAGUUUUUCAACUUCUGGACCGUGUUUCCUCAAUGACGAACUCUGGGGACAAAUGUCCAAUAAAUGAAAAGGAUGGGGAAGUUGAGCUUGAUGAUGUCUGGUUCGCAUAUCCUUCUCGCCCUUCUCAUAUGAUUCUUAAGGGAAUAACGCUAAAGUUAGCUCCAGGUUCAAAGGUUGCACUUGUUGGCCCAAGUGGUGGUGGUAAAACCACAAUAGCAAAUUUGAUUGAGCGGUUUUAUGACCCUCUAAAGGGAAGGAUAUUGCUUAAUGGAGUACCAUUGGUAGAAAUUUCGCAUCAAUAUCUUCACAGCAAGGUAAGCAUAGUCAGUCAGGAGCCUACACUCUUUAACUGCACCAUCGAAGAGAAUAUUGCUUAUGGAUUAGAGGGCAAAGCGGACUUUGCUGACGUUGAGAGUGCAGCUAAAAUGGCGAAUGCACACAACUUCAUAUGCAGUUUUCCCGACCAAUAUAAGACUGUCGUUGGCGAGCGAGGGAUCAGGUUAUCCGGCGGGCAGAAGCAGAGGAUCGCCAUUGCGAGAGCUUUGCUUAUGAACCCACGAGUGCUUCUCCUGGAUGAAGCUACCAGUGCCCUGGAUGCUGAAAGCGAAUAUCUUGUCCAGGAUGCAAUGGACUCCUUGAUGAAAGGGAGGACUGUCCUUGUGAUAGCUCACCGGCUCUCGACCGUCAAGACUGCUGACACCGUCGCCGUCAUCUCUGACGGCCUAAUCGUGGAGAGCGGCACACACGACGAACUCCUGGACCACAACGGCAUAUACACAGCCUUGGUGAAGAGGCAGCUGCAAGGGCCGAAGUUUGAGGCCACCAGCAGCAUCAACGAGGCCAGCGAAAUUGAAGCCGAACCCAAGCAGUACCCCCGCUCCUUAUAUUAG